AUGCAGCAGAACCAGGAGGCAAAUGAUGUUCUCUCUGUGACAUUUCAAGAUGGCAUGCUUGCAGUUGUACUAGAGUUUGUUAACAAUGGAGCAAAGGUGCAUGCCCAGAGGAAGUUUGCUCAAGGGUGCAGCCUCUUACCUGUAUCUCACUCAUCUACUGUGCCAAAUUCCAGUCCUGCUUCUACAGAAAAAGACUGUGAAGAAAGGAAAGCAUCUACAUCUACAGGGUUACGCCAUCAAGUUCCAUCAACUUCUGGAGUCAUGACCCAGCCAAAAGUGGAAGUGCAGUGGAAGAAUACACUCAACACUCAUGAUUUCCUGACAUUCUUAUGUUUCAAAGGCACACCUGCCUUGCCAAAGCAAUUGGAAAACUUCCAGGAGCGUUUGCUGGCAUGUGUUGAAGAGAAACCAUCUGAUCCAGCUAUGAAUACUUCAACUAAUGAAGAAUCUCCCAAGUCACAACCCAAAGCAACACCAGUGAAGAUGGCACUCCCAAGGUCUGUCAAGAGAUUAAUCAUGAAAGACAGAAAUUCUCCUAUGACUCGAACCAGAAGUGCAAGUGGAAAAACAGAGACUGCGCGCUCUUUGGUGAAGAAGUAUCGCACCCUAGAAAAGAAGAAGAAAGCUUCUCUUGUAACUAGAGAACCAAGCAUCAUAGUGGAGAAAUUGUCUGAUGAAGUCUUGUCUCAGCACAUGACAAAGAAACCCUUGUUACGGAGUGCAUCUAAAGAGGAGAAACAUAGGCGUCUCCUUGUUCAGCCCAAAGAUGCAGUGACGAUGAAGACAACAUCUCAGAAACCUAUCCCAGUCACUCGAUCCAGCUGUAGAGACAAGAACCGUUCUAGGUCAUCAGGAUCUGGUGGAUAUGCUCCUAUAAAAAUCAAUCCAAAAAGAACAGCCUCGCCCAAGCAACAGCUUGCUAGUCCCUCAAAGACUCGUAUGACUCGUCAGAGUACUGGAACUGGGAAAGAUGAAUCAAAGAAGCGUAAACAUGAAAGAAAAUCUAGUAGUUCAGGAUCUUCUUCACCACCCCUAAAAAAAGCAAAGCUUCAUGAGGCUACUGGUAGAAUGACUCGACAAACUCAGCGCAUGUUAGUGGAACAAAGGCGAAAUUAUUCUGACAAUAAUGUCAAGGUGAGAAAGCUUAAUGAGCAAGAAAAGGAGGAGGAAGGAAAUAAAACUUUCCUGAAGAAGACGAAGACACGAAGUGGAACAAGCUCAAUGCCUCCGAAGUGUUCAAGGAUAGUGACAAGACCCUCCAGACGAACCAAAGAGGCGGCAGCUAUGUACCUAGAGCUCAUUGGCCAAGGACUUUCAGCAUCUGAUGAUGAAUUUGAAGAUGAUUCCAUAACAUUAAGUGCACUUUCUGAUUUGCAAGAGACCAUGUCUCGUCUUUCAGCUUCAGGUGGAUCUAAACCCAAAAGGAAGGAGUCUGGCAAGUCAAAGCCAAAGAAAAGAGAUAGUUCAAGUUUACCUCAAGAACUCCACCUGCGCUCUGGAGCUGUUCGUCACCUGUCUUCUUCAUCUACUGAAUCCCAACUGAAGAAGACGAACACAAAUGAGAUUCCAAGAUUUGAUGGAGUGAAGUCUGCAGGAAGAUUGCUGCAUAAGCAACAUAAUGCAGAAGGAAACAUUGCCACUAGAUUCAAGCAAAAAACAAGGAGCAAUGCAAGAGGGUCAUCAACAUUCUUAUCUGAAGGAUCAAAGACAAGUUCAAGGCAUGUGCAUGCAAGGAGGUUUGAUGAUGACAGCACCAAUUCCAAGAGAAAGUGGGAGAGGAGUAGUGAAGGAACAGUUUCAAAAGGCAAGUCAGAGAGGAAAAUGAACAACUUUUUACUGCAGGGUAAGUCAGAGAAAUCCUGCGAACCCCAAGUCAGAAAAAAAGACAAAUCCAGUUCUUAUCCAGGACUGAAAGACGAACCCAAGAAACAGGAUGACCAAGAAGGAGCAAAUGAAGUGACAAUCAAAGCUUCAUCUAGUUGCCAGAACAGUUCUCCUCCAAUUCAAAUUGUGAAGCAUGUCCGUGACACUGUGAAACGGUGGCUUGACUGGCGUACACCAGAACCAAAGCAAGACAGCAGUGAGCAAUCCAAAAAAGGUAUGUCUUUGCAGGAAUCUGAUGGAAGCAGCAACAAAACAUCAAAAGAACUCAAAGCAGCUAUGCAAAAGAGCAUUGAUAACAUUCUUCUGAAAUCCAAACCUUCCAGUCUUUCACAUCUUCCAUGGCCUCCUCCUGGCACUAUGAAAACUCUUUCUGUUGAAACACAGUCACAGAGAAGUCUGAAACCCUUGGGAGAUACCAAGAAGCUUCUGACAAGUCACAAAGAUGAAAGAGGAAAGUCAUCUGCAUUUUCUCCAUUUGAGGAGAACAGUAUCUAUGCCUUCACUAAUGAAAUGGAAAGCCCAAACACUAUGGAAUCAAGAACUCGUAGCUCACACACAGCUCCUCCUCCUCCACCUCUGAGCCCACCCCAUAUUGAUACUGCAUCCCGUGUCCCCAUAAUUACUUCAGAUGAUUCCUCAUCUUCAUCCAAGGCGUCCCUGCCCCACAGCCCACCAAUCCUCAAGAAGGAGGGAAAUGUCUCGAAUGAGCAGCAAUUACCUGAGAAAUCAAGCAAGCAUUGUGGUGUCAACCUUGGGCUGCCAAAGAAGGGUGAAACAAAAGCUCGUUGGCCUACCUUCCACCCAAGCUGUGGAAGAAAGGCAGAAGCUCCUGUUUAUACUCCAUCCGACUCUGAAUUCCAAGAUCCAAUCCAGUAUAUUGAGAAGAUAAGACACUCAAGUGAGGCUUGUGGAAUUGCCAAAAUUAUUCCUCCACCUGCAUUCAAGCCUGACUGUCGUGUUAAUGAUGACAUGCGGUUCACUGCCUACAAACAGUAUGUGCACAAAAUGUUUUCAAGAUGGGGGCCAAAUGUUAAGAAUUUGGAAGCUAUCAGGAAAUCCUUGGAGAAUAGUGACAUGACUCUGUUACACAGCCCAGUGCUUGGAGGUGUGGAGAUUGACCUUGUGAAGCUGUAUAAAACAGUUCAAAGCCUUGGAGGGUUGAAGCAAGUCAUUGAAAGGCAGAAAUGGACAAAGGUGGCUGAGAUGAUGCAGAUACCAAAAACUGUCCAGGACAGAGUAACCAAACUGGAUGACAUUUAUUGCAAGUACCUCUUGCCCUAUGAGACCCUUUCUGAAGGAGAACGAGAGGAACUGUUAUGUCAGGUGGAAAAAGAGCAUGAGGAUGCUGAAGCAUCUGGAAAGAGUGAGAGUACCAGCAGUUCAGAAGAGGAAGUGGAUGACUCAGCCAAUGAAUGCGUUGUGAAGGGACGAAGCAUUUCACUGAGCCAGUUUUUUCGGACGGCUCGGAAUCUGAAUCUGAUGUUCAAGACUGAGGAAAUGCAUACUAAUGACAUCGAAGAACUCUACUGGAAGAUAGUGAGAGAGAGGAAUGAGCAUGUUUGUGUGAGCUCUGGAAGCAUUGAUUGUGGUGCUUGGGGUUAUGGAUUCCCUGCUCAUAAGAACAGUCCCUUCUCAAAACAUCCAUGGAAUCUGAAAGUCCUUACCAACAACUCAGGAUCCCUGCUUCGAUGUCUAGGCCCAAUGAUUGGUGUUACAAUUCCCACAUUGCACAUGGGUAUGCUGUACUCCACCUGCUGCUGGUACCGUGAUCCUCACUGUCUCCCUUGGAUAGAUUAUCUUCACACUGGAGCCCCAAAAGUCUGGUAUACAGUCCCAUCAUCUCAAGAGAAGAAAUUCCAUGAGGUCAUGAUGGAUCUGGUCCCAGAUUUCUGUAAGGAUGCCCCCAUCUGGCUUCCUUCUGAUACUGCCAUGGUCCCCCCUUCAGUGCUGAUAGAAAAGGGAAUUUCAUUGUUUAGAACCAUCCAGAAACCAGGAGAGUUUGUGGUUCACUUCCCACGAACUUUUACUUCCUCCAUUUGCACUGGCUACUCUCUUGCAGAGAGUGUUUAUUUUUCCCUACCAGAUUGGUUGGACUUAGCUGAGAAAGCAUUCAAGGAUUUAGAGAGCAGCUGUGAGCCAAGCAUGUUUUCAAUGGAUCAGCUAAUGCUGAGCAUUGCUGAUGAUAAUAAAGUCUCUCUCAGAGUCCUGGAAAAGGUGGAAAUCUGUGAGGAAGAUGCAGAUGAGGAGGAGGAGAUGACUUCCUACUGUUUGCUCCAUGCCUACAAUGCUCUUGCAGCUCAACCAACAUUGGCAAGCAAGGCCAAGUUUUAUUACCUUCUGUCUGAAGAGGAGUUGAAGGAAGCAGUGGAGAAACUUGAACAGCGCAUAUCAAGUCUUCAGGAGCGAAAGAAGAAAAGUGUACAAAUAAGGAAAGAGAAGCAUAGUAUUUUAACAAAAUACUUGGACACCAUGUGUCCCAUAUGGCCAUUCCAAGGAUUCAUCUUCCUUUUCAUCCUAUUUAUUGGGAUGACUGCACUUUCUGGGUGUCGAGUCUCUGGUCAGGAUGCUUGGAAGGGGUCCUUUGAUCCACCUGCUGUGCAACAGUUACCAGAGGGGAAUACAAUUGAUAACCGGGAAAUUGCCAUUGUUCAUCCUGAACUGAUUGAGCUGAGUCUGUCAGAGCCUGUACAAAACAUCUCAUUCAAGCUAGAGGCCCUCUUCUUAGGGUACACCACUGUGGAGCUGAUAGUCUCUGAUGCCAAAGAAGGCAAUGUCAGUAAAACAGAACCCCUCAGUGUUGAAGUUAUUCGAAAGCAUAGUGUAUUGGAUCGUGUCUUUAUCUACUCAAUCAUCGGACUUCUGUCCCUCGCUUACAUCAAUAUGGGCUGUGCGCUUGACUUGCAAGUCAUCAAGCAUACACUACGGCAUCCCAUAGGUCCAGUUGUGGGUCUGAUAGCCCAGUACAUCUACAUGCCAUUGAUGGCGUACUUGCUGGCAACUACAGUCCUGGAUCUUCCUGCAUCAAAAAUAGCCCUCUUUGUCACAGGCGUUUGCCCUGGAGGUGGAGCUUCCAACAUGUGGACAAUCCUCCUUGGUGGAAACAUCAAUCUAAGCAUCACACUGACUUUUCUUGCAACUCUUUUUGCUUUUGUGGCCAUGCCAGGCUGGCUCUUCACCCUGGGGAGUAGUAUUUUCAAAGAAGGAGAUUUAGUCAUUCCAUAUGAGAAUAUAGCAACCUUGGCAUUGGGACUCAUCAUUCCUGUGUCCAUUGGUGUUGGAAUUCGGUACAAGUUCCCUGGCUGUGCACACUUCAUGGUUCGCAUCAUCAAGCCUGCCUUUGUACUUCUCAUCAUCUACAUUGUGAUCUUUGGGAUUUACACCAACCUAUACAUUCUCUACCUUAUAUCCUUUGAGACUGUGGUUUGUGUGAUAGUGCUAAUAUGGUCAGGGUUCCUGGUUGGAGCUCUCUUGGCCUUUAUAUUCCGCUUUCCUUUGGCUGACAUCAUUGCCAUUGGUCUUGAAACUGGAAUUCAGAAUACUGGGGUGGGGAUUGUGCUCCUUCGCUUCUCACUUCCACAGCCAGAGGCUGACCUCAGCUUAGUGUUUCCCAUCUUGGCAGAUAUUGUCACACCACUCCCACCCUUGGUCUUCUUGAUAUCUCUCAAAUGUGUCGUGAAAAGUAUUCAUAUUCCUCCUUCACGCACUGCCUCUUUCGUGUCUGAAGAAUCUGAGAUGGAGAAGCAAGUUCGACGCCUCUCUGCUGCAUCUACCUUAGAAGACACACCUCUGCUGGAAGCCAAGGUCACUAAGAAGUCUUACACCUGAAUAUCUAACCAAUCAUCUCUCCUCUGCUGUGCUUUUAUUUGUUGUCAGAACCUUGAAUGAUCCUUUGUUUUUAACGAAAGGGUAUUACAAUGAUCUCAAUUUUAUUUACAUCAUGCUCUGGUUGUCUGCCUCCAGGUGUAUAGCUUAGUUAUAAUUUCAUGCAUUGAGAUAUGGUGGCAACUGCAAUGAACUUCAAUACCAAGGAGCCAUAAUCUGCUGUUUUAAAUUUCAUCAUUGAACCUACCACUCAGCAACUUUGCCUCUGGACAAACGAGGUGGUUGGCUUGAUCACGACUGUUCUGAGUCUUUCUAUUGGACACUAAUGUAUGGCAAAUUUUGUUAAAUCAAAAGGGACUAAAGCAACUUCAACAUAACCCACUACAUAAAAAAUUAGUCAUUUUAAGAUAGCAGAUUUUGACUCUUAGGUAUCAUUAUUGGGAAUCAAUAUGUUUUGAUGGGAGUGCCAUGAGUUUCUACCAUACAUCCUAAUGCUGUCAAUUUGUGCUGUGCAUCUGGGAUAAUCACAAUUGCAGCUUGCAGGUAAACAGGUUCCGUAAUGAGCAUGAGUAGUGUGCCAAAUUUAUUGUCAGCAACCUGGGAUGAGUCUGUUCUUCACUCAUGC